AUGUGGCUCACGGACAUGCAAAAGAUUGGGGUGGCCCUCACUACCUUCGGCGGCCUGUUCAUGUUGCUCGGCGUUAUGCUGUUCUUUGACGGAGCACUACUCGCUCUUGGAAACGUCCUCUUCCUUGGUGGUUUAUUCUUGAUCAUCGGUCCUCAGAAGACAUUCUACUUCUUCGCGCGGAAGAACAAGUUGAGAGGCACGCUGUGCUUCCUCGGCGGGAUCCUGCUUGUAUUCCUGAAGUGGCCAUUCUUCGGGGUCAUUUUGGAAACAUUUGGCUUCCUCAACCUCUUUGGAGACUUCUUCCCUGUGAUCUUGACGUUCUUACGCCAACUGCCAUAUAUCGGCAACUUCCUUGCGCUUCCAUACGUGCGAGAUGUCGCAGACCGUCUUGCUGGAUCAAGAACCUCGGCGGUAUGA